UAAAUUAAUGUUUAUAUUAAAAUAAAACUAUGCAAUAGUACUCAAUAAUACAAGUUUGCAUGGAAAAAAUAAGAAUACAUUUAGAAUUUAUCUUAAUUAAUUAAUUAACAAAAAAAAAUACUGAUUACAAAUAAUAUGAUAAGUGUAAAUAAAUAAGUUCUGUUCUUUGUCAGAUUGUGAUUCUUUAAAAAAAACAUCAAGCAAAUAGCACAAUUUAAUGACAAGCUUUACUAUAUAAUAAUAAAUUAUAAAAAAAUUUAACAAACUUGCUAAUUCAUUAGAAUCGAUGAUUGUCAUUGGUUAAUAUUUUAAUGUAUCAAGUUACAGUUAAACAAAUUAUUGUGAAAAUUUCCAAGUUGUGGAAAGAUUCAAGAUGAUGUUGACUUUUGUGGUGUAUUAUCAUACGCUUUGCGUAAUCUACGUCUGAAUUCAGAUGGAAAUUUUUCAUAGCAUUUCUUGCAAGCUGGUUUUAAGUCACAUUCAUAGAACUUUGUCUUUUGUGUCAUUUUCUGAUCGCAAAAUGAACAUGCAAAAUGAUGUACACACCAUGCUUUGUUUAAAGCAGUAAAUACUGAAAAAUAAAAUUUAUUUUAAUUAAAAAAAAAAAGUAAGAUUUAUAUCAAUUUUUUCAUACCAUCUCCAGCAAUCACUUGAUUACAUACAAAGCAUAAGUUACCAAAUAACUGAUGAUAGUGAGUCUCACAAUAAGCUAAACCUUUUCUUUCAUAAUGUCUAUGGCCCAAAAAUGGUUUUUCACACUUUGCACAGACAAAAUGUUCUACAUGCCAAUGUUUUCCAAGUGCAGUUACUACACGUUCUUCAAUUGGACGGCGACAUGCUCCACAAAUUGGAAUACCCAUUUUAUCAUGGCAUCGUAAACAAUACAAUUCAUUCUAAAAAUAACAUCAAAACUUAUAAAUUAGGAAAUGGAUUAUGAAGAGUGUGAUUACAUUUCCAGAUCACACAAUAUUUUGCUGAAUUAUAAUUCAGUUUUUGAGUGAAGAUAAAGUGUGCUGAAUUAACACUUUAGAAUAAAAUUAAAUAUGUUAAUCCUUUCAGUGCGCAUAAUUUAUUCAAUAAAAAUUACUUUUUUAUAUUCAAUUCAAAUAGUCAUAUUAUUUUCAACUCAAAAAUUAUGAGGCACAACCAUCUUAAGUUGAUUCAAAAAUAUGAUUUUUUAUUGAUUUGAUACAAUUUACAUUUUUGUGUAUGUGUUAUAAAAUUAUUAUCUUUACAAACAAUUUUUCCUCUACCAAAGAAUAGUCAAAUUUCUUUACUUAUAUUUUAAAGAUUUUCAAAAUUAUAUUUUUUAACAAACGUUAGAUGGUUACUGAUUAAAAAAAAAACUGAAUUAACUCAGAAAUGUGUAUUACAAUAAUCCAUAUCACCUCUUGAAAAAAUAAUUAAAAUCCCUAAAGUCAUACAACCAAAAUAUUUAGUGAUAUCUAGAAAUGUAAUUACACUGUACAUUAUAUUUAUUUGUUUUAACCCAAAAUGUACACUUUUUUACACAUUACACUAUCGUGUCGAUUUAACACCUAUCCAUGUGAUGUUAUUCUUUAUCAAGUGUAUAUUAAAAAAAAAAAAGUUAUUGUAUGGUCUUUGCAAACUAAUUAUUGAAAACUUAAUAUAUUUCUUAAGAUUGUAAACAAUAUUAAAUACUUAAAAAUAUUUAACUAUUUUAAAAGAGUAGAUUAUCAAUGAAAAAUUGUAAUCGAGUUUGUUAUUAAAAACUUUAUUAGCAGUUUUUAAUUUUAAUACAAUAUUUAUCCAAUUUUAUUUUAAAAACAAUCAUUUUUUAAGUUUUUUAAAAUAUUUAUAUUAAAAAUUGAAUGAGUAUUGACAAACAUAUGGUACAUAUUUUAUGUUAGUGUCAAAAAUGUUCAUGUAACAUUUGCUGAUCUUGAUUUCUAAUGAAUAUAUCAAAAAUGUGUUCACAUAAAACAAACUAAAAGACCCUAAAGAUCAGCUUUAGAAAUAAAAUAUAUAUAUAACUCUACAUAUGAAGACAACCUUAUCAGUAUUUUUUAAAUAUUAGGUUAAAAAAUUUAUUUGAUUUUUGCAUUUUAUCUUUAAAACCAAUUUUUUAAGACCUUAUUGUUUGUUUUACAAGAAAAUUUUUCUUAUACUGGCUGUCAGAAAAACCAACAAACAAAACUAUGAUGACCUUUUAAGGUGCAAUGGUAAAACUGGAAAUGGGCCAAAGUACUAGAUUAUAUUAACUAUUGGAUUUUUAAGACCACGUUUCUAUUAUUUAAGUACAUGUUUAUUUGGACAACCUUUAUGAUUACAUUCCCUAUAUUUAGUUGAUAUCAUUGAGUUUACCAUUUCAUUAGCUGUAUAACCGGAUCUAUGUUUAAGUUCACGAGCAUCCGAAUUCAAUUCAACUCCACAAGAAGUGCAAUUAAAAUGGUACCCAUGAUAAACUUCGCCUCUAAACCGUAAUGGUUUAUCAUCAAUAACACCACUAAAUUAAACAAAGUGAUUGUAUUUAUUAAUAAAUGUAACUUUUUUAAAAAAGCACUUUUUCAUAUCAACAUACUGGCACUUGAAACAUAUAUGUUUGCCUGACAAAACUGCUUUAUCUGCUGCAUUGCAUUCAUGGCAUAGAGCUCUAUUUCGAUUACGGACAAACCCACAGUCCGCUAAUUGCUUAUUGCACACUGCACAGCAAAAACAAGCAGGAUGCCAUGAGGCAGACAUUGCCUUAAUAACACGUCCAAUAACAAAUUCACCGCAUUUACCACAGCACGGUGCAAAUAAUACUUGAAAAUCAUGUUCGCAGUAUUUACGACCUUCAAAUUCAUAAAAUACACCAUCGGGGAAUGGUCGAAAGCAUUGGGAACAUCUAUAUGGUAAAUAAACAUGUUAAAUGGUAGCAAUAGUUUUUUUUUUAAAUUAAUUUUAGAACAUUAAAAAUUACUUACACAAAACAUUGAGGAUGCCAUAGCUCACCCUGAGAGUUGACGAUUUUAUCGUGCGGAUCGAAGCCAUCCCUACAACGGGAGCACGACAUGUUGGUGAACGACAUUGUAACACUACUCUCAGACUACCUGAAACAACAAACUGUGUGCACAAGUUCUGUUCACUUACCCAGGCAUUGGAAUUAUUCGUCAAUAAAAGUUACUAGUAACCUAUAAAAAAAUAAGAACUGAAUGAAAUAAACGGAAAUCACUGACAGCAAUUCGCCAACGUAUAGGCCAGAUGGGUGUGUAAACAGCGUUGGCUGUAUGUUUUUUUUUCCUAUACUCACAUCUGUAGGCGUUUCAUGUACUCCCACACACUGAAAUUAGAAUGCUUUAGAAACGACAGAUGCCGUGGGCCAGCUAGAAACUAUUACAAAGUUUCAUACUACUACACUAGAAAUCUACGAUACACAAAAUUACCAAAUCACCAACACGGCUGCACAGUACAUUACUAUUUAUGGAUAACAAGUCAAGGUCGUCAGGGCAGUAAACUCUGGUAUAUUAUUAUUCAUAAGUUGGCGCUUCUGUAUCUCAUGCCUUCCGCCACUCCAUAUUUAAUUGUCAUUAUCAAUAUAUUUGAUAAUUUUUGAAUUUUUUUAUAUAGUUUGAUAAUCAGUAUUCGGUAACAACUAACAAAUAACAAAAACGGUUCACUAAUCACAAAUGUGACUUCAAUUGAAAAUAUUUUAUUUUUAUUAUUUUUAAGUUAUCCGUAUACUAUUGUAUUAUUUCAUUAUUGUGAAUGAUAUUGUUUUUUGUUUUUGACACUUAAAUCACCAUUCGGAUUUAAGUUAUAAGGUAUCUACUAUCGUCAACAAUUAUUCUGAAAAUCAACAAUGGAACCGAUGACACUAGGAUCACCGUCACACGACAGUCCACAAAAACCAACUUAUCUUCCCGGUUUCUUGAUGGGUGAACGGGCACAAUCUCCAAACAAUAAUGCUUCUAUCAGUUCAAUGUCUCCUCUACGAACUAAUCGUAGCCAAACCGCAGAUGUGCAUACAACAUUCUUAAUGCGUAAUUUUCACCACGAGCUAAGUGAUAAACCGUAUGUAUAAUAUAAAUGUUAAAAAUAAAACACUCAACAUUACUUUAAUUAUUUUCAGAUCAUCUACCCCUAUAUUAAAUAGAGCCAAUGAUGAACCAAUGAAAGCACCAACUAUUGAUUUAUUUGACAUGCUUAACACAACUGAUUAUCGAGAAGAACAGUACAUAAAUACACAUUAUAUUUACUAAAUUGUUUUAUUUUUUUAUAUAUAUUUUAUCAGUUAUUAUUUUAUAAUUCAGGUAUAACAAUAAAGAGAACAAACAAUUCUAUUCUGAUAAAAAUGAUCUAUUUGAAUCACCUAAAACUAUUUCAAGAAAUUGGAUUACAGUUUUUGGCUUUUCAAUCUCAAAUAAAGACGAAAUAUUAUCAAAAUUUAUACAUAUGGUAUCUUGUUGCGAUGUAAGACAAGCUGGUCCGAAUUGGGCACAUAUAUGUUUUAGUGAUUCUACUGAUUAUCAUCGGGCUCUUUUAUUCAAUGGUCAUGUAACUAAUAACGGAGCUAUGAUUGGAGUUAUUCCUUGCAAUGAUAAGGUAAUUUUCAAUGUGAUAAUGAUAAUGGUUAGAAGUAUUGGCAAAUAAAAUAUUUUUAAAUUAGUCCAUUUUAACUGAAAAAACUGAGUCUUCCAAUUCUGGUCCGGGUCCAAGAGCUGAACUUUUAUCAAAAUCUAUACGGUCACCAAUUCUCGGUCAACAGUACUCUAGUCCAAAUGAUACAAUUUCAAAAAAAAAUACUAUAAGACCAAUGGCUAUGAAACCUAUACCUAUUCAAGGAAAAGAU